AUGUUGCGACUGCGACUUCGUACGAAGGAGCCUUGGGCGUCGGCGGAGGAAGAAGGAUUCGAAUUUCAUCCCAGGCACACCGUCGACAGUGGCGGUGGAGGUGGCGUCGGGGUGCCGAUGCUGACGGGGUGGUGGGACUUUGACGUGCAGGGGCCACCCUCCGUUCAGCAGUCGACUGGCGAGGUAGUGCAUGCGGGGUGUAUGUCUUCGGGUUUUGUAUUAAGGUAUACGAGAUUAUUCGGAAGGAACAAAGGAUCCCUGCGGGUCUACUUUCGAGCCGUCUUAGCGUGCAUUAUUAAAUUGUAUGCCGCGUCAAGAGAGCUAAAAGACAGUGGCUCCGGGAAAUUCUAA